UCUACUGUGUGCCACCGGUUUCGAUCGAGUUUUUUUCCAUUUGCAAAUUUUUUCUUUUUCACAAUUUUUCAUCCAAUCCGCAAUUUUUUGAUAAAAUGGAGAUAAUCACUGUUGAAAAUGAGAGUCAUGUGAUUGGACGAAUGUGGGAAUUGAUUGAAAAAUCAGCAAAUGAAGCGAUCGCAGAAAAUUCGGUAUUUCGUGUUGGAUUAUCUGGUGGUUCGUUGAUAAAAUACUUGGCAAAUGGUGCCGAAAAUGCAAAGACAGAUUGGUCAAAAUGGCAAUUGUACUUCUGUGAUGAACGAUUUGUGGAUGAAUCUGACGAUGAUUCAACAUUUGGCCAGUACAAAAAGUUACUCAUCCCGAAAACACCACUCACCGAAUCACAAUUCGUGGUUAUCAAUCGAUCAAUCGGCUUGGAUGAUUGUGCCAGUGACUAUGAACAACGUAUUUUCAAGAAUUUUGGUAUUAAAAAGUCCACUGAGAAGCCAACAAUACCACAAUUUGAUUUAUUGUUGCUUGGCAUGGGUCCAGAUGGUCAUACUUGUUCACUGUUUCCCGAACAUAAAUUGCUGACAGAGAAAACCCAAUUGAUAGCACCGAUUUCUGAUUCACCAAAACCACCACCACAACGCGUCACAAUGACCUAUCCAUUGAUUAACAAUGCCAAAAUGUGUAUGUUUCCAAUCAGUGGCAAGGGAAAAGCUGAGAUGGUUAAGCGAAUUCUCUUCGAUGGCGAACCAUUACCAGCUGGCAUGGUGAAACCAAGGAAACUAGUUUGGCUGCUGGAUCAAGCUGCAGUCAGUCUUGCUGUACAAAGUUGAUCAGCCCGAAACAACCGAACAACAAAAAAAUUUGUCCAACGAAAUAUCACUCGUACAAAUGUCAUUGAACUCGAAUGAAUACAAAACAAAAACCAUUCCAAUUAAUGUUGUUACUUAAAUGCGUUUAAUGGGUAGGGAAAUAAAGAGGUUUUUUUUUUCUUUUGUACAA